AUGUUGUCAGACAUCCAAGCAGCGAGCCCAAGGCUCUCCCCCUUCAUCCUCUGGCCCACCGUGGUCGUCUCCCUGGCCCUCAUCUACGCCCUCCUCUCAGCAAUCUACAAUCUCACCCUCCACCCGCUCGCAAAACACCCCGGCCCCAAGCUCUGGGCCGCCUCCCGCCUGCCCUACUCCCUCAUGCUCCUCCGCGGCAACCCGCACAAGGACAUCCUCGCCCUGCACGCCCGCUACGGCGACGUCGUCCGCCUCUCCCCGUCCCUCCUCUCCUUCCAGGCCCCGGACGCCUGGAAGGAGGUCAUGGGCCACCGCAAGGGCGGCAAGCUCGAGGAGAACGCCAAACUGCCCGACUUCAUCGACGAGCGCCACGCCGACCUCAUCUCCGCCAACCGCGAGGACCACGCCCGCUACCGCCGCAUUCUGUCUCACGGCUUCUCCGCCAAGAGCAUGCAGGACCAGCAGCCCAUCAUCAAGUCCUACAUCGACCUGCUCAUCGAGCGCCUGCACAGCAUCGCCGGCCAGGGCCCGCUCGACGUCGUGCAGUGGUACAACUUCACCACCUUCGACAUCAUCGGCGACCUGGCCUUCGGCGAGUCCUUCGGCUGCCUCGAGAACUCGGACUACCACCCCUGGGUGCGCCUCAUCUUUGACGACAUCAAGGUCGGGAUUUACUUCUUCGUGUUCAAGAGCUACAAGCUGGUCGAGCCGCUGCUCAAGAUGUUCGUGCCCAAGUCGCUGCUCGACAAGCGCGUCGCGCAUUACCAGCUCAUCGAGGAGAGGCUCGAUCGGCGCAUCGCGAUGGGCACGCCGCGGCCGGACUUUGCGCAGUCGAUGCUGAACAAGACUGGUGAUGAAGCCCUCACCCGCACCGAGCUCAUCAUGCACUCCCGCCUCCUCAUCAUCGCCGGCUCCGAGACAACAGCCACCGCCCUCUCCGGCGCCACCUACCUCCUCUGCUCCAACCCGUCCACCCUCGCCAAGCUCAACGAAGAGGUCCGCUCCGCCUUCGCCUCCGAGGACGAGAUCGACAUCAUCUCCACCGCGAAGCUCGACUACCUCCAGGCCGUCCUCGAGGAGGCCCUGCGCAUGUACCCGCCCGUGCCCAGCGCUUUGCCCCGCGUGACGCCGCCGGGCGGCCAGGAGAUUCUGGGGCAGUGGAUUCCCGGGAACACGACGCUCGACAUCUGGCACUGGGCAAUGUACCACAACGAGAAGAACUUCCGCAAGCCCUUCGAGUUCCACCCGGAGCGCUGGAUGGGCGACCCCGAGUUCGCAAACGACUCGCUCGACGCCCUCAAGCCGUUCCACAUUGGCCCGAGGAACUGUCUCGGCAUGAACCUCGCCUACGCAGAGAUGCGCAUGAUCCUCGCCCGCGUAAUCUACAACUUCGACCUCCAGCUCGCCGAGGAGAGCAGGGACUGGCUGCGCUGCGACCAGCACCAGGUCCACAUCCUCUGGAACAAGCCGCCGCUCAAGUAG